GCGGAGGAGGGAGGAGGUGCGGAGCGGAGCGGAGCUGGGAGAGCGCAGCCGGAGGGAGCCGAGGAUGAUAAACACCCAGGACAGUAGUAUUUUACCUUUGAGUAACUGUCCCCAGCUGCAGUGCUGCAGGCACAUUGUUCCAGGGCCUCUGUGGUGCUCCGAUGCCCCUCACCCACUGUCGAAGAUCCCCGGUGGGCGAGGGGGUAGCAGGGAUCCUUCUCUUUCAGCUCUGAUUUAUAAGGAUGAGAAGAUCACUGUUAGUCAAGAUGUCCCAGUGCACGAAGGGAAGCCUCACGUUGUCCACUUCCAGUACAGAGUCACAGAGGUGAAGACCUCCUCCUGGGAUGCAGUGCUUUCAAAUCAGAGCCUCUUUGUGGAAAUCCCUGACGGGUUAUUAGCUGAUGGAAGCAAAGAAGGGUUAUCAGCACUGCUGGAAUUUGCUGAGGAAAAAAUGAAAGUCAACUAUGUCUUUAUUUGCUUCAGAAAAAGCAGAGAAGAUAGAGCACCGCUCCUGAAGACCUUCAGUUUCUUGGGCUUUGAGAUCGUGAGGCCUGGUCACCCCUCUGUCCCAUCGCGGCCGGACGUGAUGUUCAUGGUGUACCCGCUGGAUCAGAACUCUUCCUCUGAUGAAGAAUAGCAGCACUGGGGACCCGAGCGUGACCUGAAAAUGCUUUUGAGGGGAGAGAGAGAGAGGGUUACAUCUCCUUUCUUGAGGAAAGGGAAAACAAGCUUCUGAUGGACUGAAACUGCAUUUCUCAUUGUUAGAUUGGCCUGUGUAUCCUCAGAGUUGACUAUCUCAUUGAAAUGUGUUGCCUAGAGAACUAUAUAUACACACAUGUAAUCAACAACUAGUAAAUGGAAGAUGUUUAUCAACUGGCAUAGGAGCUCCUGCCACGCGGCUGUGUGCUGUGCUGCCCAGAGGCACCUCGUGCAGGGCCGCAUGGGGAGCACAGCAGUAGGUGCAGCAUCAUCAACUCGACUUCUCCCCAUCAGUGUUGGUCUGUCCCCAUCACCUGAUGUGUGGUGUGUGCUCAUCUGACCGACCACCUCUUGGUUUUCACUCAGACUCCUAAAAGUGAGGCAUGUUUGGGGGUUAGAGGCGUGAGUUAACCUUUAACACUACAUUAAAACCCCUCUGCAUCUCUGCUGUGGGGCUGUUUUAACUGUUUGUUUAGUUUUCCUUUUUAAAGACAAACCACCUGGCUUUCUUUCCUCUUCCAGCUUUUGUUUAAGCAGUCUUACUCUGUUCAUUUUUACCACUGCACUGUCACCGCGUUCAAUAAAAGGGGCAUUCAGAUGAACUUCA